AUGGCAUCUACAACAUGCUCAGCCACUAGCUCUCUGCGCAUUCUCGCCGCACUUCUCUUCAUCCCGGCAUUUCCUCUGUGUCUCGUCCAUGGCAUUCUUAAGCACCAUCCCGUUCCGGCUUUGGGUCUCCUGCCCCAGUUCUUUUCUAUUGUAGCGGCUGCUGUUGUAUUAGGCUUCCAUCGCAAGAGAGAUGAUGGCGAGCACGGCGUGGAAGGGACCGACCAGCCGCCACGUGAGAAUACCCUUCGGGAUAUCAUUGUCCACCCGGUAACCGUGUUCUGCUACGACGUAGCCCUAGCGUCUGGCUAUAUGAUUGUCUUGGUCUUUACUUGGAUUACGACGGAAGGACCCUCAGGGCUCAGCAUGUUGGCUGCGUAUGCUACAAUCCCGCUGCUGGCAAACUUACAUGGAAGCCUCAUCCACCUGUUUCUUGCCCUCCAAGCCGUCUAUCAUGGGCUGGCCAUUCACAGCCUCGUCCAAUGGGUCGCUUGGCGUGCUGUGCCGCCAAACUGCCCCAACUGCAAUGUUCGCCUGCGCACAUCAUUUCCCGAUUUCCCGUGGCUCAAGUACCUCCAGGGCCGUAGAGACGGGUACACCGCCAUCCCUGCUAUGGAACAGGAUCGGUAUCGCGACGAUGCUGGCGAAGAGGACGGUAUCGCUCCGCGGGAGCCUGAAGCUGUUGACAUCAUUUCCAAGAAUCGCAAAGGGAAGGGGACGGACUUUGGGCAUGACUCCACUUGGGAAAGCUAA